AUGACAAGCGACAACGACAACAACAACGUGGCUGCACCGGAGCAAACGAAGCUGCGGAAGCUCGAGGUCACAGGCAACGUCGCUAGCGGGAAAGCCCAAGAGGAGUUCCGCAACUACGAAGACUCGGACCGACACGCCAUCGUGUCCCGCCAUUACGCGCUCAUGCGGCAGCACCAGACCGUGGCUUUCCAGGAGCAGAUGCUGGCCAAGUACGGCUCGUUCUCCCACGCCCAGAUGACCAUUCGAGAAGCUUUUGCAGCGCUCGAGGGGUACGUGGACUCGUCAGACCCCGACUCGGAGCUGCCGAACCUCGAGCACAUGCUGCAGACGGCCGAGGGCAUCCGCGCUGCUGGGCAUCCCGAGUGGUUCCAGCUCGUUGGACUCGUGCACGACAUGGGCAAGAUCCAGUACCUCUGGGGCCGUGCUGAGGACGGGCAGGAGGGCACUGCACACGGAGAUCAGUGGGCGCUCGGAGGCGACACGUGGGUCGUGGGCUGCCGGAUUCCCGACUCGGUCGUCUUCCCGACGUACAACGCGACGAACCCGGACAUGAGCAACCCGAGCUACAACACAAAGUACGGCAUGUACGAUGCUCACUGUGGAUUCCGGCACCUCAAGUUUGCCUGGGGCCACGACGAGUAUCUGUACCAGAUGCUCAAGUUCAAUAAGACGACGAUCCCGGAAGAGGGUCUCGCCAUGAUCCGGUACCACUCGUGCUACCCGUGGCACACGAAGAAGGAGUACCGACAUUUGAUGAAUGAGGAAGACGAGGAACUGCUUGACUGGGUGCUCGAGUUCAACAAGUUUGACUUGUACACGAAGGCGGAUGUGCGUCCAGACGUGGCGAAGCUGUGGCCGUACUACCAAAGCAUCAUUGACAAGUACUUGCCGGGCAAGUUGUCGUGGUGA